AGAGGCAGUCAUGAGGAAGGCUAAUUCUACAAAUUAGCUCAUCUAUUCACAUCGAUCCAAAUAAAACUGCAAUCUCUUGACUGAGAUAUUGGUGCAUGUUGGGAAGGGCAAGAUACUGCCCCAGAACCACCCUACAGGACAAGCAGCAGCAGCAGCUGAGAGGCCAGGAGCACAGAGCUGAGCUGGACCAUGCAGCUGCUGACACUCACUGCAGGGCUGGGGCUGCUCUCCUUGGUUGGAGCCAUGAUGCCUAAUUUAACUCCUGCCCAUACUGAGCAGCUCUUAGGCAAGUGGCACAUAAAGCGCUGGGCAGGAGACAUGCCUAUCCCUGAAUGGAGAUGGAAGGACCCACUGCCUCCCUUCACCUUCGAAAGAAACGGUCUUGACGAGCUGGAGUUCAGGAUGAACCUGACGAAACCCAUUGGCUGUAUUCAGUACAAGCUGCCUCUGUAUGAGGGGGAGGACCCUGGCACAUUCCUCACGUGGUGGAGGCAUGUCAUCUACAUCCACUUCCUGCCCGGGAAGAGCUUCGCCAUUGCCUACUACAGGGGCAAAAUGAACUAUCAGUACUACCAGAUGAUGAUGCUCAUGGGCCGCACCCUGAAAGCUGACCUAGAUGCUCUGAGGGUCUUCAAGAUGUUUAUGAUAAGUAAAAUGGGGGAAAAAGCCAAGACAAAGAAGCCUCCUCACGCUGACGCCUGUGAGUUGCCCAGAGAUUCCUAACACAGGAGGAGCAUCUCAGAGACCGUGUAGCAGCAGGAGUAGGGAUCCGCCACGUGCCUUCCGUCUUGGUCACAACACUUAGUGCUGAGAAAGGAAAAGGCAGGGCCAAUCGCCCACAUCUCUUCCCAACAGGAAAUAAAUAAAUAAAUAAAUAAAUAAAUAAAUAAAUAAAUAAAUGUGCUCAGUGUACCUGGGCCAUGUGUGUCACAUAA